AUGUUUUCGCAUACAAGAACACGAAGGGGACCCCAAGAAACAGCCGUGGCGAUACGACUGAUAUUUCCACUCGAGGCCGGCCACGUAGCUAGGUCGGACUUCCUGGAGCGCCGAUUCGAGGGUUCCAUCAUCGUGGACCACGCGCAGUCUUUUACCACCCCGUGCGAAUCUAAAGAUGCCGUCGAGGUUUUGUCGGACCUGUCGCUCUCCCACCUCAGUCCAGCGAUUACCAAGGCGAUUGGUGGGAUAAAGCUUGCAGGCUUGGCCGCCGCAGAUGCGGACGCCGUAGACGCCGAGCUCGUCGACAGACUAUCCUUUCCAUGGCUUGUCCCGAACCGACUAGAGCCCCGCCGCAUCGCCUGGGUGCAAGGCCGCGAGGACAUCGACUGCAUCGCACGAGCCCUCGACGCCGCCUCAGCCCUCGGCAUCAAGCUCGAUUUCGUAGCCGUGGACAUCACCGCGGACGCCGGUCUGCCGCAGCGCAUCGUGGACGCCGUUCGUUCCUACCGGCUGCCCAUCCACGGCGUGGUCACGAUCAGCGACGUUCGGCUCGCAGCCGUAGCCCGAGCGUGCCAGGAGUUGGACCUCCCCACCGAGAGCCCGGAAGCCUACGAAAUCGCGGCGGACAAGGGCCGGACACGCCUCCUUGAGACCGUAGGCGCGGGGGAGAGUUUCGUGCUUCAGAAAGCAGGAGACCUCGCGGGGUACCUCGCGCGGCGGGAGGAGGAAGGCGCGGCCCCCUUGGCGUUUCCGAUGGUGGUGAAGCCCGUGGUGGGCUGGUGCAGCGACUGCGUUUCCAAGUCGGCGAGCCCGAGCACCGUGGUGGUGGUGGAGCCGUACGUGGACGGACCCGAGCCCUGCGGAUGUUCCGGGGCGGGCUACAAGGCGAAUUUCCAGGAGACGCAAAACGUCAUGCCAUCGGCGCUGCCCGCGGCAGAGCAGGCCGCUAUCAAGGAACAGCUGCUGCAGUCCAUGCUGCGGCAAGGAUUUCGCUCGGGCCUUUUCCACUGCGAAGCCCGGGUGCGCAACUCGGCGCAGGCGCCCGAAAUCUACCUACACGAGGUCAACGCCCGGCCGGCCGGCUACCUCGAGUCCGUCGCGGUGCUCCUCGCCUACGGGGUGGACUACUACGCCCUGCGGAUGUUACUAGCUCUAGGCCCGUCGGAGCACGCGCGCUUCCGCGCGCUGGCCCAGCCGUUCCGCGGGGGUCCCCAGUUCCACCUCUCCGUCAUGAUCAUUCAACAGACCAAGGCCGGCAUCAUGAGGUCGGAGGACGCGGCCAAGGAGUUUCUGGAUCGGCACCCCGACGUCCGGCGGAACGUGGUGGAUUACUACUCGCGGAAAAAGGCUGGGGAUGUGCUUGAGGGGCCGGACGCGAGCGCGUUGUGGUGGGUGGCGUUUCUUUCCGUCAUCUCGAGGACGUCGCGGGAGGACUUGCUUAAGAGAGUGGCUUUCGUACAAGAAAACUUUGAUUAUGAGAUGGAGGAAGCGUAA